GCCAGAUCAGCAGUGCCAGGUCACAUUGCCAUGUCAGACAUAGUGCCACGACAGCAGUGCCAUGUCAGACACAGUGCCACGUCAGCAGUGACGUCCGACACAGUGCCAYGUCAGCAGURCCACGUCAGACACAGUGCCACRUCAGCAGUGCCACAUCAGCAGUGCCACGUAAKCARCAGUGCCACGUCAGCAACAUGACGGGCCUGCCAGGCCAACUGGCCAAUGAGACCAUUGCCGCCUACAAGCAGCGUUGCCUGGCUCAGAUAGAGGCUGAGGAACAACGCAUGCUGGCAGUCAAGGCUGCCCGCGUACAGGCUGAAGAGGCAGCAGCAGCAGAAAAGCUGCGGCUACAGGCCGAUGCAGACGCAGAUUCCCAGGCUCGCCGCAAGGAAGCCCAGGAUCUGCUACAGCGGCAUGAAGCCACAAGCAUCGACAGACUAACGUUCUGGCAUUUUGAACCGAACAGCGACGAGGCAACACCGGAAGAGCAGCAUAAGGAGUUCCUCUCCAAACUCGUGACACGGUUGCUGUAUGCUUGCACCUACCAACGGUCAGAGUUGGAGAGACAGUACCAGGACCUGACGCAACAGCAUCAGGAGUUGGCGACGCUCCGCCGCAAAGUGCAGAGCCACGAGGAUGCAACUCGGGCACUCAAUGCCCGAUUGCUGGACCUGGAACAGGAUGUACCAGGACCAACUGCUGGGGCUUCCAGCAGUGCACCCUCUAGCCGCCAACUGGAGGAACGCGUUGACCACAUCCUGACAAUGCUCGGCGACAUUAACACCUUCGCUGCGCCGUCCACGAUCAGCACUCAGCUGCAUACCUUGAAGACCGAGGUCCAACAGCUGCAGUCGACGAACGCAGAUGGCAAUCAGAAGAUGCCAACUUUCCAACUGGAAAAGUUCGACGACUACACGCAGCAGGAUCCGACCCUCUGGUGGGAGGCAUUCACGACGCAACUCAGGAUUCUGCCUGUCGCUAAGCACAAGUACAUCGGCGCCCUGUUCCUGAACUCAAAGGGCGGAUGCCAGACCUGGUUGACCCACCUGGCAACCUCCCACGGCGUCGACGUACCGGACCUCAAGGACAAGAUCACAUGGGAAGAACUGGCACGGCUGUGGAAGAAGCGGUUCAUCGUCGACGACGCGCCGGCACUCGCCAUCAACCGUUUGUUCACCAUGUCACAGGGCAACACUGCAACACGAGAUUGGCUCACAGAGUGGCAGAAGAUUGCGACAGUGCCCAGUCUGGACCUGCCUUUCACUCAUCUCAGGCGUGAGUUCUACAACAGGUCCUGUGCUGCAUUGAGCCAGGCUCUUGGUGAUCGCGAGCAGUACACCACCUUCGUCGAGAUUAUUGACAAGGCGCAAGAGAUCAUCAAGACCAACAGGUCAGCUGCACACGAGAAAUCAACAUCAUGGCAGCCGACCUAUGUGGAGAAGGUACGAACUGGUCCACGACAACAGCACUUCGCUGCAGUCCAGCAGGACAAUGGGGAUAACCCAGCAGCCACUCCAGCAUCAAUGCCAGCUCCGUUGAUGGACACCGGAGCAGAGGUUGUCGACCUUCACGCUUUCAUCGCGAAGAUCGACCGCGAGUUCAAGACGCAACGGUACGACGACAUCGACGCACCAUUGCUAUACAUACGCAUUCAGAUCGGAGAGGCGACCUGCAGUGCCUUGAUCGAUUGCGGAGCAUCUCACAACUACAUCAGCCAGGACUUCAUGGUACGCGCCGACCUUGGCCCACGUGUCCAGAGGAAGUCCCAGCCUACGCAAGUCACCCUGGCAGACGGUCAUACGCACAAGUCCAUCGACCGGUGCAUUGACGCCGUCCCAGUGUACUUUGCCCCUCACGCAAGUGAGGCGGUGUCCUUCGACAUUCUGGACACCAAAUUCGACAUGAUCUUGGGCAUGUCAUGGCUGCGAAGCAAGGAUCACCCGGUGAACUUCUUCAACCGCACCGUUCACGUUCGUGACCGGAACGGAGUAUUAGUUCCAUGCACGGUGCCUCUUCCUCAUCCUUCAAUCAGCUCCCACGUGGUAUCCGCCGCAAGCAUGCGAGCCUCCAUCAUCAGAGACGACAUCGAGGAGAUGGGGGUGUGUUUUCUCCACGCCCUCCCACCCCAUGACGCUUCAUCGACGGACUCACCUUUGAAUCCAUGCAUCACCGAACUUCUCGACGCCUACAGCGACGUGUUCGAAGGCCCGCACGGAGUAGUACCGGAUCGACCCAUCCGCCAUGAGAUCAUCCUCGAGGACGGGGCCAUACCUCCGCGCGGUUGCAUCUACCGAAUGAGCGAGGAAGAGUUAAGUGUGCUUCGGGCACAACUCGACGACCUUCUAGAGAAAGGCUGGAUUCGGCCUAGCUCAUCGCCAUACGGUGCUCCUGUUCUCUUCGUCCGGAAGAAGAACAAGGACCUGCGGUUGUGCAUCGAUUAUCGCAAGCUCAACACGCAGACGAUCAGGAACGUCGGCCCUCUCCCACGCAUCGACGACCUUCUCGAGCGAUUGGGCGGCGCCCAGUUCUUCUCUAAACUGGAUCUCAAGUCAGGGUACCACCAACUCGAGAUUUGCAAGGAGGAUCGCUACAAGACCGCGUUCAAGACACGGUAUGGGCAUUUCGAAUGGCUGCUCAUGCCAUUUGGCCUUACGAAUGCCCUAGCCACUUUCCAAGCGGCUAUGACGACGGAGUUCCGACACAUGCUGGAUCGUUUCGUACUUAUCUACCUCGACGAUAUUCUGGUUCACAGUCGGAGUCUGGACGAGCAUGUGGAACACUUGCGCACCGUUUUGGAGCGGCUACGACAGACCAAGUACAAAGCAAACCGCGACACGUGCGAGUUCGCACAGCAGGAGCUGGAGUACUUGGGACACUAUGUGACGCCGCAAGGCAUCCGUCCGCUUGCGGACAAGAUCGAGGCCCUACGAGUAUGGCCUGAGCCCACCAACACCACGGACGUUCGUUCAUUCAUGGGGUUGGCGGGCUACUAUCAGCGAUUCAUCACCGGAUACUCCAGGAUUGMUGCACCUAUGACGAGGUUACARUCGCCAAAGGUGCCAUUCGUAUUCGAUGACGACGCACGCCGGUCAUUCCAAGCACUUAAGACGGCUAUGCUCAUGGCACCCGUCCUUAGCAUCUAUGACCCCACCCUGCCGACGCGAGUGACUACGGACGCUUCCGGCUAUGGCAUUGGGGCAGUCUUGGAACAACACGACGGCGACGACUGGCACCCUGUGGAGUUCACAUGGGUCACAGACAACAAUCCAUUGACCUACUACAAGACGCAGGACACGGUGAGCAGCACKAUCGGACGAUGGAUGUACUUCAUCGACCAAUUUGACUUCACACCGAAACAUGUCCCCGGCCUCUCCAAUCGCGCAGCAGAUGCACUCUCGCGAAGACCUGAUCUUUGCGCGAUGUCACAUCAUGCCUUCGCAUUCGACGAGGAGCUUCAGCGACACUUCAUCCGGGCAUAUAAGUCUGAUCCGGACUUCGGCACGCUCUAUCACCCGCCGACCAGCGAUUACCGCAUUGCCGACGGGUACUUGCUCCUCCACUCGAGAGGCAAGGACUUACUAUGUGUACCACACGACCAUCGUCUUCGGACUCGCCUCCUCGGCGAGUAUCAUGAUUCACGACUCGCCGGCCAUUUCGGAGUCAACCGCACUAUUGCACGGCUUCGACAGCGAUUCCGAUGGCCCGACCUCAUUACCGACGUUACUCGGUAUUGCGACUCUUGCGAAGUUUACCGACGCAACAAGCCCGACAACCACAAUCCCUACGGCGAGUUACACCCGAUGCCUAUCCCACGGGAAUCCGGUCUCUCCAUUGCCAUGGACGUCACCGGUCCGUUUCCUCGCGACCGGCUCGGGCACGACGGCAUCCUCACGGUUGUGGACCGAUUGAGUAAGUACGCGCAUUUUCUCCCUUGCACGUACUACUCCACGGCUCCCGAGCUGGCACGCCUCCUGCAUACUGAUUGGAUUUGUGGCCACGGCGUACCAGAAGACAUUGUCAGCGACCGCGACACUCGUUUCAUGUUGGCGUUUUGGACUGUUCUCAUGCAGGAGUCCGGCACAACAAUGAAACCAAGUUUGGCUCGACAUCCUCAGACAAACAGGCAGACGGAGCGGGCACAUCAAACCGCUCAAAUGAUGCUUCGUACGCUCAUCCGUCCGGACCAGAAAGAUUGGGUUGACCGCCUCCCCGACAUCAAGUUCGCCUACAACACUUCGGUGCAUCCGGCGAUUGGCGUGACUCCAUUCGAGUUGCACCACGGUGGACGGAAAGGCCGGAUCUUCGCAGACCUUCUCCUUCCUCGACCAGCCGACAUCGACACUGCCUGCUCUCCCACUUCCGUCCGGAAGUACAGCGAAUUGCUGACUCAAGCCCGCGCAAAUAUGCACAAGGCUCAAGUCCGCAUGCAGCAGCAAGCCAACAGGCGUCGCGUACCAUGUCCCAUCCGCGCCGGUGAUMUGGUUUGGGUCUCCGCGGAAGAGUUUGCACUGGAACAGGAUGUUUCACGCAAACUGCUUCCCAAGUGGUUUGGACCUUGGUCUGUGACAGCAGCCGCGAGCGAUGAGCCCGAUGGCCCUUCAUUUAUGAUCAACAUUCCAGAGCAUCUGACGGUCCAUCCGGUCUUCCACGCCUCGAAGCUGGCAACAUACACGCCAACCAAGAGCGACGACUUUCCGGACCGACGAUCGCAGGACCGUCCCUCUAUGGAUGGCCAUCAGGAAGUUGACCGCGUCAUCUCCGAUCGCAAGUACGGCAGCAAGCCGCGGCGGUACAAAGUCACAUUCGAAGCAUGCGAUCGCGAUGACACUCGGUGGAUUUCACGCACAAAUUUGAAAGCAUCCGCACCGCUGAUCUACGCGCAUUAUGAAAAGCGCAGGUUAGCUCAGGAAGCUUCACGACCAGCCCCUCCCACCCGGACUGUGGUCCCUCCCUCAGACAGACAGCUUCGCCCUCGCAGGUAAGCUCGGUUCUUCAAGGAGGGGGGGGUGUGGCAUACUGCGUAGCCACACGGGCCCUGCAUGGCCCGUUCCGGACAUUCAGCCUAAAAGCCUA